CUCCGGCGGGGCUUGUUAUAUAGGCUGCCGAUCAGCUGACGCGCCCGCAUUGCAGACGGCGUAGCCUAGGAAGAGACCAGCCAUGGCGAGGCUCGCUUGCUUCCUCCUCCUCGGCUGCUUGGCGGCAGCAGCUUUGGCAAGUCCCGUUGUGUUUCAGAAAGAUUGCACACAGGGCCCUGAAGUAUGGUGUGAGAACUUAAAAACAGCAUCACAUUGUAAUGCCGUUAAACACUGUCAACAAAAUGUCUGGAACAAGCCUACAGUGGAAAGCAUCCCUUGUGAGUUGUGUAAAGAAAUUGUAACAGUGGCUGGGAAAUUCUUGAAGGAUAAUGACACAGAGGAUGAAAUCCAUUCUUACAUGAGUAAGGCCUGUGAGUUUCUUUCUGACCAAGGCCUAGUGUCUGAAUGCAAGGAGAUGGUGGAUGCUUACCUACCAAACAUUCUGGACAUGAUUAAGGGGGAGCUUGAUAAACCUGGAGUUGUGUGCAGCGCACUCACGUUGUGCCAAUCUCUUCAGAAGCACCUAGCAUCAGUAAAACUGCAGAAGCAGCUUCAGUCAAACAAGAUUCCUGAGCUAGACUUCUCUGAACUGGCAUCUCCCUUCAUGGCUAACGUGCCACUUCUUCUUUAUCCCCAGGACAAGCCCAAAGAAGAGUCUCGGGGAAGUGGGAAUGUAUGUAAAGACUGUGUUCAGCUCAUAACUGAUGUUCAGGAAGCCGUGAAGAGCAAUUCAACCUUUGUGCAACUGCUGAUUCAGCAUGCCCUAGAUGAGUGUGAACGUUUAGCACCUGCCAUGGUUGAUCAGUGCAAGGAUUACAUCUCUCAGUACUCAGACUUGGCUGUUCAGAUAUUUGUGCAGAUGUCACCACAGUCCAUAUGUAGCAUGAUUGGAUUCUGUCCUUCUCUGAAAUCUGUGCCUCUUCAAACUCUGGUGCCAGCUAAAGCCAUCCAUGAAGUAAAGGCAGAGCCCCUUGAGAAUAGCCUGAGCCGAGCAGAAUCUUUCUCUCUCUGUGAUGCAUGUGAGAUUAUGGUGGAAGAGGUGACCAGCCUUCUAGAAAGCAAUAAGACUGAGGAGGAGAUGGUACAUGCGAUGGAGGAAGUCUGUGUUGUGCUACCUGAAAAAAUUAAAGAUGAAUGCAAGAGCUUUGUGGAAGUCUAUGGCAGGGCAAUUAUUGAUAUGUUGCUGGAAGCAACAAAUCCCAAAUUAGUGUGCAUUAUGCUGAAAUGCUGCACAAACAAAGCUGUUCCUGCUGAAAAAAUUGCUCCAGUGCAAUCACAAGCUGGUGAUGUUUGUGAUGUUUGCAAAAUGAUUGUAGCUUAUGUGGACAAACAACUGCAAAAGAAUGCUACAACGGCUGAGAUACAGGCAGCUCUGGAAAAAGUCUGCGGCAUGUUGCCAGAGUCUUAUCGUGACCAGUGUGAUCAGUUCGUGGAGCAGUAUGAACCAGUGGCUGUGCAGCUUUUGGCAGAAAUGAUGGAUCCCACCUUUGUGUGCAGUAAACUUGGUGUUUGUGCAGAAUCCACACAGCCUCUGUUGGGAUCAGAGUUCUGUGUCUGGGGACCUGGCUAUUGGUGUAAGAACAUGGAAACUGCAACUAAGUGCAGUGCUGUUGAACACUGCAAGCGUCACGUGUGGAACUAGGGAAAAAAACUGCUUGAGUAACUUUUUUUUCUUGAAGAAAACAAGAGGAGAGGGUUUAGGCUGGCAAGAGCUAAAUCUUGAUGUCCGUAUCCCUCCCCCUUCCAAAUCUCAGAUCCCUUUUUGUGAUUUUAUUUUGGGGUAGCAGAGCUACUACUGUGGAAGAAUCCACAAUGUUGACUUGAUGCUAUUUCUGACUCUAGUUUUUAGUUCCUUUAUGGUACAUGAAGCGCCGUAAUUUAGCAAAGUUCAAUUGGCUGAGUGCCAUUAAGAGUUAGAAAUAAAUUAAAGGCACCACUGCCUUGUGUCCGACCUUUAAAAUCAGUGACUAAUUUUUUUAAUGGCACUCCAGCUGAUGGAUGGCUUGCUUAGAGCGAGUGCUGGUCAUCACAAGUGGAUAUCAUUUCAACUGUCACUUAACCCACUUACCAGGAAAGAGGUCCACCUCUUAAAUUCAAUCCUGCAUGCUGAAAUAAAGCUGCAUAAACAUUGGAAAUUGUAUUCCUGAGCAGUUACAUAAAUAUGUCUGUAGUAAAGCUAAGGGUGAAUCUCAAACUUACUGGUAUGUGGCCCAAGUUAAAGUAUAUUGAACUGGGAGGUCAGCAUCUAGUGUAGUGAAUAUUACAAGUAUUUGUGGGAAACAGGCAAUAGUAGUUCCAGUGGCAGCCACACAGAAAGAAGCCUUAUAUUUGUUUAGAGUUCAGGCCUGGAGAUGCCCAUUCAUUUUAAAACAUGACUGAAAACCAAGAAGAUAGCUGGGUUUAAACUAGAAAAUCAAGUAGUGUUGCGUGGUAUGGUCUGACUGACUACUGUGGAACUUGUGGCUGGCUCCCUGGCCAAUAUGUAUGUUGAUUGAUCUAGCAUACACAUCUAUGGUAAGCGCUCUGAAAAAGGUAGACGUUUGCAGGCAUGAAAUGGUUAGUCUAUGGUUGCCAAGUAACCUCUCCCUCCCUCUGAAACGCCAGUUGGGGUUUCAGAAUAGCUCCAGGAUUCUCUCUGGCACUUCCUACUACUGGAAUCUGUCUUCUAGCACCACUUCCCUAUAGUCUGCAUCGUUUUGCAUGACUAGCUGUUCCUUGGUAUAGCGCUAGAGGUACCUUGAGAUAUUUAGAAGCAGAGUGCCAUGUUAGCAGUAUACACCUGUUUGAGCUUUUGGGUCUAGGAAUGUUAACUCUGGCCUGUAUAGUAUCAGUGGUGUCAGGGCAAGGAGCAAAUAUCAUUUCUGUCCCACCAAGCAGUGGCUUGUGUUGAACUCUGUGCAAGUACACAGUUCUGAAGCAUGUGGAUGAGGGAACUAUUUAGAAACGACAUAAUGCCCUUGAACCUUUGAGUACGCAGCUGUUUAAACAGUUUUAAUUAACGCAUUCUGAACAAUGUAAAAGAAACCCUAGCAAGGAGGCUGAAUUUUCCAGCAUAUUAAGCGUGUGAGAACUUGGGAGAAGUUUCAGCUUGUGAAAUGGAUGAGAAUUGUUCUAAUAGCAGGUAACUAAUUGCUUCAAAUUCUAGAAGGUGAUUUCCAAAUUGCUUAGUUAUAUAUUCUUCCCAAAAGUAUUUGGUGAAGGCAUUGACUUGAUUUUUUUGUCAAAACUAAUCUGACUUACUUAGUUCUAAAGUUCUUACUACCCAAAAGCAAACAAUUGCUGUUUCUUUGUCACAUUAUUGCAAAUGUCAACACUGACAGUAGUGUCUGCUUAAAGAUCGCCUGUGUUCAUACAGAGGAAGCAUUUUCCUCUCCUUAGUCACAGCCUUUUUGGUCUAGAGGAUGUUGAACAUUUGAUGCUGGGCUGUGUACUGCAGUCAAGACUAGAUGCCACUUUUUCUUGGCUAGAAUUUCUACUUGUGUGUGUGUGUGUUCUUUGUAGGAAGUAAUUGUCGCAAUCUUAAGGAACAAGUAUUCUCAGAAUGGGGUGGGGGGAGUCUCUUCAUUUCUGCUUGUGCAUAUCCAUUUUUUUUCAACAUUCUAGAUAUGAACUGGGGGAAAUAAGCAGUUGCUUUAACAAACCACUGUCUUUUUUGCACUAAAGCUUCUGUAAUUUAACAAUAAAUAUGUAACUAUAAA